AUGUCGAAAUCCACCAUCUCCACAAUUGUACAACGAAAAGAUUUGUAUACGGAAGCUAGUGUUGCUAAAGGUGUUACUCAAAUUAGUAAGUCCCGAUCAACAGUGUUAGAGGAGGUAGAAAAGCUAUUAUUAGUGUGGAUAAACGAAAGGCAGAUGGCAGGCGAUAGCCUAUCUGAGUCAAUCAUUUGUGAAAAAGCUAGGGCUAUAAAUGCAGAUCUGUUAAAGGAUAAGCCAUCAACAAGUGAUAGUGGUGAAACAUUUCGUGCCAGUAAGGGGUGGUUUCACAAUUUUAAAGCAAGAACUGGGAUUCAUAGCGUAGCUAGGCAUGGUGAAGCAGCCAGUGCUGAUAAAAGGGCUGCUGAAAAUUACAUACGGCACUUUGAAAUGAUAACAAAGAGAAAUGGCUUUUGCUCUCAUCAAGUUUUUAACUGUGAUGAAACUGGGCUUUUCUGGAAGAAGAUGCCCUGGAGAACAUACAUUACCCAGGAAGAGCGGAAAAUGCCUGGCCACAAGCCUAUGAAGGAUAGGCUAACCUUGUUGUUAUGUGCCAAUGCGAGUGGUGACCUAAAGAUAAAGCCUCUCUUGGUUUAUUACUCUGAGACCCCUAGAGUGUUCAGAAAACAUACAGUCAUGAAGAAUAGGUUAGGGGUCAUGUGGAGAUCUAAUGCAAAAGCCUGGGUAACAAGAGUGCUUUUUCUUGAGUGGAUCAGGGAGGUUUUCCGUCCUACUGUUAAGAAAUAUCUAGAGGACAAAGACUUACCACUCAUGGCUCUCCUAAUCAUGGACAAUGCUCCUGCUCACCCCAGAGACUUGGAAGAAGAUUUGGCUGAAGAAUUCCCAUGGCUUACAGUAGAUUUCCUCCCACCUAAUACAACUCCUCUACUGCAGCCUAUGGACCAGCAGGUUAUAGCUAACUUUAAGAAGCUAUACACCAAGGAACUAUUCCAGAAGUGCUUCCAGAUGGUCUCAGAUACAGAUUUGACUCUUACAGAGUUCUGGAAGAAACAUUACAAUAUCCUUUCCUGUGUGGGGUUAAUAGAGAAAUCCUGUGCCAAUGUCUCUCUGAGGACACUAAGAUCUGCCUGGAAGAAAGUGUGGCCUAAAAUUAUAGAGGAGAGAGACUUUGAAGGCUUUGUAGAGGAGCCUGAGCCUGCAACUGACCCUGUGGUUGAUGACAUUGUCACUGUAGCUGAGUCCAUAUGCUUGCAGGUUGACAGUGGUGAUGUUGAGGAACUGGUGGAGGAACACUCAGAGGAAUUGUCUACAGAGGAACUUCAGCAACUUCUGGCUGAGCAACAGAGAAUGGCAGCUGAGCAGAUUUCUGAAGAGGAGGGGGAGGAUCAACAAUCAGUGCAGCAAAUGUCCUCUUCUGAAAUAAAGGACAUUCUGAAAAAAUGGACAGAGCUACAAACACUUGUAGAGAAGACCCACCCAGACAGAGAAAAAGCUAAUCGUUGCAUUAACUUGCUUAAUGACAAUGUCAUGUCAUACUACAGAACUGUGUUGAAGAAAAGACAGAAACAGACAACCUUAGACCAGUUUUUAUUUCCGAAAAGGUUGAGACCUAGUGAGCCAGAAGCAGGUGCUAGUGGGCUACAGCCUCUCCCAAGGAGAGAAAGGACACCAGGGAGCCAAAGCCCUGAUGUUCUUAUGGAAGGGACUCUCCUUCCAAACAAUAACCACCUUCUAUUUCAUUCUCCUCCUGCUCCGUUCCUGCAAGCUAAAGAUGUCAACUUAAAUGGUUCACAGUGCCUUGCUGAUCAUUUGAUUAAACUUCCCAGAUGCUAUGCUAGUAAUUCAAAACUAGCCUUUGCAUGGCACAAAGAUAAGAAAACUCUCAAACUUGCCACCACGAAGCAUCACUUGGGCCUUAAAAAUAGUGCUAAAAGCGUUAGUUCCGAGCAUCACUUGGGCAGCUGUUUAGACUUGUCUUGUGGAAGACCCAAGGAUUACGAGGGCUGUAAAAGUGCCAACAGUGUUAGUAUUAAGCGUUGCUUCAGAAAUGAUGGAGGCGUUUCUUGCGUAGGCCCAAGUGUUACUCAGGCAAUGGUGCAGACACAUCUUCUCUUAGCCUCAUAG